AAGAACCUUGUGUUUGACAGGCCGAUGGAAUCUUGAGUAUGCCGGUAAUAUUUCUUCUAAUAAUGCGUACAAUGAGACAGUUCACUAUUAUGAUUGACUUUUGAACGUUGAAAGAGUUUUAUAAAUGUGCUGAAAAUUUGUUGCUGUGACAUUGUUAAAGUAUGGCUGAGCCUGUAGAUGGUCAAGUGAUUGAUUGGAGUGAAGAAGCUCAAGCUGUAAUUCAUGAUGUGGGUUUUGCUGUGAAGAGUAUUGCUGUUUCCCAUCUUUUGCCUCAGUCCCCAACAGAAGUUUAUUUCAACAUAGAAACUAAAGAAGGACAGAAGCUAUGUGUUGAGUUAUCCAGCUAUGGAUUCAAAGUUGUAUCUACUCAUUUUGAUAAAGUUAUUGAAGGUUUUGAUGAUCAAACAUAUUAUGAGACCCCUUAUGCUUUGUUAGACAAAUAUAGCAGCCAGUUCCGCCAGUGUUUUGCUGCUGCACUUGAGAAAAAGCUCAAAGACCUGACUGAAUUGUCUUGAUUCAUUUAUUCAUGAUUUUUACAAUUUCUUAUUCAAAAUUUAUGUUCACUUGAUAUCAGUGUUAUUUUCCAUGGAUUAUUAGGAAAGAGUGCAUAGUUACACUCUGUCAUCCAUGGAUUAUUAGGAAAGAGUGUAUAAUUACAUUCUUUAAGAAGUUUUAUUUUUUAAUGAUGCUUAAACAUUGCAUAAAAUAAUCAAUAAUUGGUACUCUCUGGUUAUUUGCACCCUGCUGAAAAGUUGCAAACUCAUUACCGACUUUGGAAAGAAAUGUUUAUUUGGGUAACCUUUUAUUUCAACAAGGCAUCAUUGCCAGCUUUUUAUUAGUUAUUUUUAUUUAUUUAUUUUACAUUCUUCUUUUUCCAUAGAAAAUGACAUUCACAUUUCUUGAAGUAAUUGUACCAUUCAAGACUUGUGUUUAAGGAUAAUCCCACUUCUUUAUAGAUUUGUAUUCCUUAGUCCAACAGUAGCUCUUGUAAACAAGUCUUCUGCAAACCAGUUUCCACCCCACAUUCUAGUACUUGCAACUUUUCACAUUGCGUUUUCAUAAAUUUCCAUUAUUUAAGAAAUACAGCUUUGUAAAAUGUGAAUUUUUGCUCUUUUUUUUUUUUUUUUUUUUUUUUUUUUUUUUUUUUUGUUGUUGUUGUUUGUUUGUUUGUUUCGUAAAAACACUGUUCUUGAGAAAGUAUGAUGCCUUUCUUUAUCAUCAGUCUGAAAACUCCACAGUACCAUUACUACUCAUCAUGACAAAAACAAAUGUACUCAAUGCAAAAAAUAAUACUAGUCAGAAAAAUGACCAUUGAAUUCAAAAAGAGCAAAUCCAUAUGUACUCAGACACACAUGGGCUAUCUGCACAUCUUUGUUGUCACCUAAAUACUUUUUUGGCAGCAUGGUGUGUUGCUUCAUUGAUUGUCUUUCUGCAUCUUUUCAGUGGGAGUGUGAUAAUUGGAAAGUAUUUUAUAAUUAAUUUUAAUGGGAAGAUAUUAAUGCACAUACAAGGAUAAAAUUUCAGUGGAAUAAUUAUUAUGCCUGUCUUCAUAUUUUAGCAAACUGUAUUUUAUUUAUACGAGAUUUGUGAAACUGUCAGUAUAAAACUGUUACAUAUUAAUGUAACCACCUUGGCACGAUUUGACAAUUUUUUACUGAUCAAAAGUUAAAUGUUAGUGAUUUCAACAAUUUUAAAAAAGAUUUCCAAGCUAGCGAUAUUAGUUGUUAUAUAAAGUUGAUAAACAUUGUCAACAUAUGAAAAGUCAAUAUAUUUUAGCAAUUUUAGAUACAAAUUAUAGUUGUUAAAUAAGAUUUUCAUGAUACAUUAAAAAGAAAUAAUUUGCCCAUUUAUUCAGUAACAUUUCUCUUGCUAUUUUAAAAUGAAUAUGUAUGGCUUUUAUAACUGAUAGGUAAGAAUAGGCUAUUUUACUGUCUCGGGAGUGUUUGUAUUCUUGUUCUGGGAGGACACAUUUGGAAUAUAUUUGACCCCCAUCACCAGUGUUAUUACACUACUUCUCAAAUCAUUACUGCCUGGAAUAUGUUUUGUAGAAUAAAUCUACAUAAUUUUUUUCAUUUCAUAUUCUCAAAUAAUUAUCAACAAAUAUGGAUAAAAAUAUGAAAUUGCUACAAUUAUAUUUACAAUAUUUAAUCUAAAAUAAAUGUAAAUUAUUAUAUUAAAAUGCAAAAAAGUUAAAGAAUAAUUUUAUUAUUUUUCUGCAU